CAUGAAAAUGACUCUAAUAAGCAACUCAAAGGAGCUGCAUGACUUGUUCACCUCAACCAUGCAAUAUCCCAUGCUCUUCCCCAUCUCAAUUUUCUUCAUCUCUUUAAUCAUUUUGUUCACACGCUUUAGAUCACGUACCCAAUUCAACUUACCACCGUCACCGCCGAGGUUACCACUAAUCGGUAACCUUCACCUUCUCGGAACCCACCCGCACCGUUCACUCCGGACACUCUCAGCCAAAUAUGGCCCAUUAAUGCUCUUGCAAAUGGGCCAAGUCCCAACCCUUGUGGUCUCAUCUUCAGAAAUGGUGAAAGAGAUCGUUAAGAAGCACGACGUCGUUUUCUCCGACAGGCCCAAAACCUCAGCCGCCGACAUCUUCUGUUACGGCGGUCAAGAUGUGGGCUUUGCUCCUUACGGUGAGUAUUGGAGACAAGCCAGGAAAAUUUGUGUUCUCGAACUCUUGAGUCACAAAAGGGUUCAACAAUUCCACUUGGUGAGGAAAGAAGAGACUGAUGUUUUGGUCAAUAGGAUUAUUAGAAAAGGUUGUUGUAUAAAUCUGAGUGAGAUGUUGGUUGCCACUUCUAACAACAUAGUGUCUAGAUGUAUUCUUGGGCAGAGUUUUGAGGAAGAAAAUGGUAGGAGCAAAUUUGGAGAGCUGACUAGAAAGGUCAUGGAAGAUUUUGAGGCUUUUAGCUUUGGAGAUUUUUUCCCUAGCAAAUAUUUGAGUUGGCUUGAUGUUGUUACGGGGUUUACAGGUCGAUUAACUCGGAGAUUUAGAGCAUUAGACACUUUUUUAGAACAAGUGGUUGAAGAACAUAAAAAAGUACUAAAUUAUAAUAGUGAAUUCGGAAGGAAAGACUUUGCAGGUAUUCUCCUUGGACUUCAAAGGGAUGGGUUGCUUGACUUUGACCUUACUCGUGAGAACAUCAAAGGAAUCCUCAUGGAUAUGUUCGUGGGUGCAAGUGAUACUACUUCAGCAACAAUGGAAUGGUUAAUGGCAGAGCUUGUGAAAAAUCCAAGAGUGAUGAAGAAAGUUCAAGAAGAGAUUAGAAGAGUGGUGGGAAAUAAGUCAGAGAUAGAGAUGAACGAUAUCAACCAAAUGGAUUACUUAAAAUGUGUCAUCAAAGAAAAUCUAAGGCUGCAUCCUCCACUCCCUUUUUUACUCCCUCGAAAGACUUUAUCAAGUCGUGUUAAGCUUGGAGGGUAUGAUAUACAUGGAAAGACAAGGGUGCUCAUCAAUGUAUUUGCAAUUCAAAGGGACCCAAAUGAGUGGGACAAGGCAGAGGAAUUUUUGCCCGAGAGAUUUGAGAACAACACAAUUGAUUUCAAAAUGGGCCAAGACUUUCAAUUUGUUCCCUUUGGCAUUGGGAGAAGAGGAUGCCCUGCAGUGUCAUUUGGGACUGUUAUUGUUGAAUAUGUUAUUGCUCAUCUUUUAUAUUGGUUUGAUUGGAAGUUGGUUGGUGGUGAUGAUGGAUCUGCAAUAUUGGAUAUGAGUGAAGAUUAUGGAAUCACUGUUCAUAAGAGAACUUCUCUUCAACUCGUACCCAUACCAUAUUCCCCUUGAUCUAUUUACAUGGCCUUCUUAUUAUAUAUGUGUUAUAUGCUUUCAAAACUUUUUCUUUAAUAACUUUCCAAACCUAGUAGGAAUCAUAAUGAAUAUGAUGAUGAUGUAUAAAUUUUUAUUCGUUAGAUUUUAAAAUCCCUUUUUAGUAAAUAUGUAUUUGACAAAAGAUCAGUAUACUAGUAAAAAAAAUUGAGUACGCAUAUUUAUUUUA